AUGGAACUGCUCACAGCAACUAUUUUAUUGCUUCUUUCAUCAUCACUUCCGUUUUCUUUUUCUUCUGCUCACAAAACUUUCAUUCACUGCCUUGUAAACCAUUCUUCUUCUUUUUCGUCUUCUUCUCACCCCAUAACAGAAUCAAUCUUCACACCGAACAAUCCAUCAUUCUCUUAUGUGUUGCAAUCGAACAUUAGGAACCUUCGUUUCAACACCUCCACGAUAAGGAAACCAUUCCUUAUAAUCACUGCAUUGCAUGCAUCUCACGUGCAAGCAGCCGUUGUUUGCGCUCAGAGGCACCAGAUGCUUAUGAAGAUUCGUAGCGGCGGCCAUGAUUAUGAAGGAGUGUCUUACGUGGCAGAGAGCCCAUUCUUCAUUCUUGACAUGUUCAACCUCAGAUCCAUUCACGUUGAUAUUGAAACUGAAACAGCUUGGGUCCAAUCUGGUGCAACACUUGGUGAACUCUACUACACAAUUGGCGAGAAAAGUAAAACCCAUGGCUUUCCAGCUGGAGUUUGUCCCACUGUUGGCGUUGGAGGACACUUAGGUGGGGGAGGCUAUGGCAACAUGUUGAGAAAGUUUGGUCUUGCUGUGGACCAUGUUAUUGAUGCACAAGUAGUUGAUGUUCAAGGUAGAUUGCUUGAUAGAGAAUCCAUGGGUGAAGAUCUCUUUUGGGCUAUUAGAGGUGGUGGUGGUGCUAGCUUUUGUGUUGUCAUUGCCUACAAAAUCAAGCUUGUUAGAGUUCCAGAAAUAGUGACGGUUUUUCAUGUUAAAAAAACACUAGAGCAAAAUGCCACAGAUAUAAUUUAUACAUGGCAACAUGUUGCACCAAACAUUGACAAUAACCUCUUCAUUAGGCUUAUCAUGGAUGUUGUAAAUAGCACACAAAAUGUAACAAAGACAGUGAGGGCUAACUUCUUGUCCUUAUUCCUUGGUGAUUCCAAAAGCCUUGUCUCUCUUAUGAAUGUGAAUUUCCCUCAAUUGGGUUUGAAGCAACAAGAUUGCAUUGAAACAACUUGGCUUCAAUCCACAGUGAUUUAUUGGAGUGAUAUCAACCCUUCAACUCCUCUUGAGGUUUUGCUUCAUAGAGACCUUCCAUCUGAUUACUUUAAAAUGAAAUCAGAUUAUGUAAACAAACCAAUUUCCAAAGUGGGUUUAGAAGGGAUUUGGAAGAAGAUGAUUGAAUUGAAGGAUACUAAACUAUAUUUCACUCCUUAUGGUGGAAGAAUGAAUGAGAUUCCAUCAAAUGCAACACCUUUUCCUUAUAGGGGUGGGACCCUGUGGAUGGUUGAAUACAUAGCAAAUUGGUUUGAGCCAGGGAAGGAUGUUGCUGAUUACUACAUGAAUUUGGCAAGGAAACUUCAUAAGCAUAUGACUCCUUUUGUGUCCAUGAAUCCAAGAGGGGCUUACUACAAUUACAAGGAUUUUGAUUUGGGCAUUAACCAUUAUGGUAAGAGGAGCUAUGUUGAAGGCAGGGUUUAUGGUUAUCAGUAUUUCAAUGAUAAUUUUAAUAGGUUGGUUCAAAUUAAGACCAUGGUUGAUCCUGCCAACUUCUUUAGGAACGAACAGAGCAUCCCUGUUGUCCCAUAUGAGAUGAUUUUGGAUAAUGGUGGUUACUCAAGAAUAAUGAUCAAUUAAUUUGUAGUUUUUUAAUUGGUUUGUUUGGGGGAAAGAUUGUGGAAAUAUAAGAUUGGCUCUUGCCAUAAAGUGCC